AUGUCUGACGAUGUGGGCAGUGAGACGAAUAGCCAGCCUGACUACUACAAGGUCCUCGGCAUACCCCGGGAUGCGGACGCGGACGCGAUUCGAAAGGCCUACAAGAAGCUGGCGCUGAAAUGGCAUCCGGACAAGAAUGACGGAGAUGCCGCAGCCGCUGAAAAGUUUAAGGAGCUGGCAGAAGCAUUCACCGUCUUGAGUGAUGCAGAGCAGCGGAAGAGCUAUGACCAGGAGCUUCUUGGGCAGAGCAGUCUUCGACGCCGCCAGCCGAGGUCGAAGACCAUGGAGGCAGCCAUCGCCAAAACCAUGCGGGAAGCUCGCGAGAAGUUCCGCGAGGAGGCGAAGGGGAAUGCAGGUGCACCCUCAGGCGGUUGUGACUGGGGCAUGGUUCUGAUCAUCGGCGUGGGUUCGCUCAUCGCGCUUUGGGUGGCCGUGCGCUGA